CAUCUCUCUCUCUCUCUCUCUCUCUCAUACGACCACAAGAGGUAAGUGCCGGCAAGUGAAGUGAAGAAGAGAGCCAUUCCUCCCCUCCGACGCAUCAAACAAACCGCUCAUCUCUCUCCGUCUCUCUCCGUCUCUGGCGCCGCUCCGUAGAUCGGUCGAUUCGACUGGUGAAAGCCUAAAUCGAGCUCAAGCUCCAGUUCCAUGGCAUCGAAGAAGCAAGGCCAGCGCCAGGUGCUGGAGUCCAUGUACUCGGUCAUCGCUCUGGUUUUCAUGCUGGUGGCCUGCGUCGAGCUCGGCGAUGCUGCCUCCGCCGUCGACGUCUACCGCCUGAUCCAGUACGACAUCUCCGGCGUCCCUUUCGGAUCUCGCCUCGCCAGCCUCAACCACCACGCCUCCUCCUUGCACUUCUCUCCCGGUGCCGAUCUCUCCCGCACUGUUCUCGUCAUUCCUGUUCGCGAACUGGACCUCGGUUUCGUUAAAGAAUAUAUAUCUCAAAGACAGCCACUGGGGGGUCUGUUAUUUCUGCUGCCUCAGAUAUUUUCUUUUGAAAAUAAAGAAGGAACAACGGAUAGCGACCAGAAUGGUGGGCUAGAACUGCUCAAGAACAAGUUGAUAGAGCUUGAACAGUCACUUAUACAUGCCAACAUACUUUAUCCAGUUUAUUUUGCUUUUGAGGAUGAGAAUGUGAAUGCUGUGUUGGCUGAUAUCAAGAAAAAUGAUGCCGCUGGUCAGCAGGCGACUGCAACAACCGGCGGAUACAAGUUUGUGGUAUCAGCUCCGGAGCCCAAGAAAGUUGCAUCUCCCGUCAUCACUAACAUUCAGGGAUGGUUGCCAGGAUUGAAAGCUGAUGGGGAUGCGACUCAACUACCAACCAUUGCUAUAGUGGUAUCUUAUGAUACAUUUGGGGCUGCUCCGGCAUUAUCGGUUGGAAGUGAUAGCAAUGGGAGUGGUGUUGUAGCACUGCUGGAAAUAGCUAGGUUGUUUUCUAUCUUGUACUCAAAUCCCAAGACAAGAGGAAGAUAUAAUUUGCUUUUUGGGCUCACAUCCGGCGGACCGUAUAAUUACAAUGGAACUCACAAGUGGCUUCGGAGCUUUGAUCAGCGUUUGAGGGAGUCUAUUGAUUAUGCCAUUUGUUUGAAUAGUGUUGGCUCAUGGGACAAUGAAUUGCAUCUUCAUGUGUCCAAGCCCCCAGAAAAUGCCUACAUAAAGCAGAUUUUUGAAGGUUUUACUAAUGUAGCAGAAGAGUUGGGAGUUAAAGUUGGUCUGAAGCACAAGAAGAUAAACAUAUCAAAUUCACGAGUAGCUUGGGAGCAUGAACAGUUUUCACGACUUAGAAUCACUGCUGCAACCCUUUCAGAGCUGUCUGUGGCACCAGGAUUACUAGAAAGCACUGGAGGUUUGUCUGAUGGCAGGCAUUUCCUAAAUGAAAAUGCGGUUAUCAGAACUGUCAAGUUAGUCGCUGAAAGUCUUGCGAGGCACAUUUAUGGCCACCAGGGAAAGAGCAUUGAAAUCUUUGCCAAUGGUAGCAGUUUGGCUGUUAAUCCUUCUUACAUAAGAUCUUGGUUGGAUCUUUUGUCACGAACACCUCGAGUAGCCCCAUUUCUUUCAAAGAACGACCCUUUUGUCAUGGCUUUGAAAAAGGAACUGACAGACCACACUGAUGAAGUAAUUAUGCAAAAUGAGGUGCUGGACGGAAUGUUCACUUUCUAUGAUUCCACGAAAGCUACUCUUAAUGUAUACCAGGUUGCUAGUGUGACCUUCGACUUGCUGUUGCUUCUGGUGUUGGGAUCGUAUCUAAUUGUUCUGUUUAGUUUUCUUGUCAUCAUAACUAGGGGUCUGGAUGAUCUCAUCAGUCUAUUCAGGCGACCUCCCUCUCGAAAGGUGAAAACCGCCUAGAUGAUUGGAUCAGCACAUGCCGUGGAUCCACUGUCCUAAGCUCAUAUUUUAGUUAACCCCGAGGACAUCUCUCAAGUAGCUUCAAACUGUUAGCUGCCAACAGCAGUUUCUUGGUGUUUCCCGACUAGUUUUAACUUAGCUCGAUCUCACAGGUGCCAUGUCUUGGUCCUGAUGUUUUGUAUUCCUCUUAUAGGCCGUGCCACUACAAGGGUCAUGAUCGAGAUGAGGGAAUUUAUUUCCUUUUGGAGUUAGGCAGAAGAUAUAUAAUUUUUCGAUGUGUCAACAAAAAUUUUGCUAGUAUCAAAUUUUCCUAAGAUGGAAUGCUAUUGAUGCAUGCUAAGCUGUGGCAAUGUGCCGAAUCGGUAUUAUCUUGAGGAUGCA